AUGCUGCUUUCAGCUCAUGAAAACGGCUUGGACGCCCAGGACGUUCGCCAAUAUCAUUUCACGACUCUCCGUCGCGCUGCCACACGCAUUGCCGACUUCGUAUGCUCUCUUCAAAGCAGGCAUUUGAAGGAAUUUUGGCUCUCCUUCACUGGUCACUUGAUUGUUUCAGCUGCGACGAUUCUGCUGCGCUGCGCUAUCGACACCGCCGAUGCCGCUGUUGCUGAGGAGUGUAAGGAGUCCCUGAAGUCUCUUCGAAGUAGGCUGCAUCGAGCAAAGAACCAGGAUCAAUGGGAUCUCGCGGACAUGUUCCUCAAGCGCUGUGACGAGCCUAUUUCUAGAAUUACAUCGGAUUCGCAAAUGAGGAACCAGGAGUCCAACGCCGCACAGCCACCCGCAGUCCAAGCUGCCGAGGAGAGCCAACGCCUGGAUGCUCAACAAGAACCACCAGAUUUUGGCUUGAGCAGCUUUUCUGAGCUCAACAUUCCAAUUGGUCCGUUGGAUUACCCGUGGGAGUCUUUGUGGGACAUGUUUGAGGGGCCUCAGUGA